CCCAGCACAUGAUUUAUGCUCAGGUCUCAAAGUUCUUGCCAAGUUCUUGCUGUUCACCACCGUCCACAAGCGCCAUGCGCUGGAGGAGUGGAAGGAGUUUGCGUUAACAACCCAGACUGUCUGCAGGUUAUCAAAUGCAGAGCUGCUGUUGCCUGGGAAGCAGGAAAACCCCUUUCUAUCGAGGAAGUGGAAGUGGCUCCCCCAAAAGCUCAUGAAGUUCGAAUUCAGAUUGUUGCCACCGGUGUCUGCCACACUGAUUCCUACACCCUGAGUGGCUCUGAUUCGGAGGGACGUUUCCCAGUUAUUCUUGGCCAUGAAGGAGCUGGCAUUGUGGAGAGUGUUGGAGAGGGAGUGACCUCCUUCAAAGCAGGUGAUCGAGUGAUUCCACUUUACAUACCGCAGUGUGGGAAAUGCAAGUUUUGCCUGAGUCCCAAGACCAAUCUCUGCCAGAAGAUCAGGGUGACCCAGGGGCAGGGUCUGAUGCCAGAUAAGACCAGUAGAUUCACCUGUAAAGGCCAGCAGCUUUACCACUACAUGGGGACCAGUACCUUCUCCGAAUACACAGUUGUUGCUGAUAUUUCUCUGGCAAAGAUAGAUGAUGCAGCUCCUCUGGAUAAAGUUUGUCUGCUGGGCUGUGGUAUUUCCACUGGCUAUGGAGCUGCUCUCAACACUGCCAAGGUCGAACCGGGCUCCACCUGUGCUGUGUUUGGACUGGGCGCAGUGGGACUCGCCACCGUUAUGGGAUGCAAGGCCGCAGGCGCCACCCGGAUUAUUGGUGUCGACAUCAACAAGGACAAGCUUGCAAAGGCUAAGGAGUUUGGUGUGACAGAGUUUGUGAACCCUAAGGAUCACAACAAACCGAUUCAGGAAGUUUUGGUGGAACUAACAGAUGGGGGAGUGGACUACUCUUUUGAGUGUAUUGGCAAUGUUAUUACUAUGAGGGCGGCCCUAGAAGCCUGCCACAAGGGCUGGGGAACCAGCGUCAUCGUUGGGGUCGCGCCUGCAGGCCACGAAAUCGCAACGCGUCCCUUCCAGCUGGUGACCGGUCGUGUCUGGAAAGGAACUGCAUUCGGAGGAUGGAAGAGUGUGGAGAGUAUUCCCAAGCUGGUGAAAGAAUACCUGGAUAAAAAGUUAAAGGUGGAUGAGUUUGUGAAUUUCACACUGCCGUUUGACCAGAUCAAUGAGAGCUUUGAACUGAUGCAUUCUGGCAAGAGCAUUCGAAGUGUCCUUGUAUUUUAAAGCUGGGCCAGGACCAGUUUCUCACUUGUCCAGUGCAGACUAAAUCGGUGUGGAAAGAAGUACUUUGAAAAUUGCCUUAAACUACUUUUGAUACACUUCAGCAUAUUUUAAUAAUGCUAUGUCAUCUGUUUCAGUGUGUCUGUAUUGUUAACUGUUUAAAGUGUCAGGGACACUUUUCCAAAUUAAAGCAACUUGAAGAUAAA